GAAAUUGUUCGAGGAAUUUUCUUCAUUGUAGUGAACUAAAAAAUGGCUGAUAAUAGUGAAAAAAAUCUACUCUCGGUGCAGUUGGGAGACGGAACGAAUCCAGCGAAGGGAGCCGUUUUUUGUCUACAAUUGAAGGAAAUUAUUGGCAUUACAACAGAGCAAAUGGGCAAUGCCAAUGACGAUGACGCUCUCGCAAUUACAGUUUAUAACGAUGAAGGAACUGGAAGCUUCGGAAAGACGGACGAUAUGCAGGGAAUACCAGAAACUGAAGAAGUUUCAGAAAGUGAAGAUUUGACAACCGUUGUUGUCGAAAACGGAGAAGACUAUGAAGAAAUAGAGACACUUAGCAAGAACAACAAUGUGGAUAAAGAUUGGUCUCAGUAGAUUCCCAUUAUGCUCAAGACGCAGAAAAGUCCUGCAUUGUGGGUGCAGCCAAAUCCAACAGCAACUGCAGUACAAACGGAUGCACUACCAUCAGCAGCAACAAGUAUUGAGCUAAACGCUUAUUCAAUAAUGAGGCAUUAAUUGAAGCUAGAGUAGAUUUCAUCAAAGCUUUAAAAAAAUAGUCAGCAAAAAAAGCUGCUAUGGAGAAGGAGAUUCUGAAGAAUAAAGCUGCUACGGAGCAGGAUAUGAUCAAAAAUACUUUGAUUAAACAAGAACUAGAAAUUCAGCUUUUGCGAACGCAGUUACAAGAAAAGAAACAGCUAAUGUUAAAGUAGGUACUAUUUUCAAAAUAUUUUUUGUAGGUAUAAAUACAAAAAUGGCUGUGCAAUGAUGCAUUGAAAUAAUGUUCGAAGUUUUGAACAUUAUUUCAAUUUGCAUUUGUU